CUACAGUACACCGGCCUCUCUUCAAGAUUCCCGUUCGUGGCGCAUGCCGCACUUGGCCGAGGUCAUAUCUCUGAGACUCGUUGGUUAUCGCCGCCGCAUCGGAUCCGGGCGAGCCGAGCACUCUACAAUCUACAAUACUACUUAGAUCUCCCUUCCGUCCGCCGACAUUGUCACCCUCGCAUCCACCAUGGCGGCCCACUGCACCCUCUCGCACCUGCAGCACAUGCAGACGUUCCACCCGAACGUCUACACCAAGGGCUAUGAACACAUCAAGGCGUUCACGAAGAUGCCGGUGAACAUCGACGCGCGCGUGCGCGCGGAUGCCUCCGCUGGGCCCGUCACACCGCUCCUGUACGCCGGCUUCCUCGAGCACCUCGGCCGCUGUAUUUACGGGGGCAUCGUUGAUGACGUGAAGGACCCGAGUCCUAAGGAGCUACUCGAGGAGCAGGGCAAGGGGCGCGCGGCGUGGCGCAAGGACGUGCAGAAGAUCCUGUCGGCGGACGGUGAGCUCGCUGUCCCCAUGAUGCGCUGGCCCGGCGGCAACUAUGUCUCCAACUACCACUGGCAGGACGGAAUCGGGCCCGUCGAGGACCGUCCGAAGCGCAUUGAGCUGGCGUGGUUGACUUCGGAGAGCAACCAGUUUGGGACGGAUGAGUUCAUCGACAUGUGCCGCGCCAACAAGUGGGAGCCGUACAUCUGCCUCAACAUGGGCACGGGCACGUACGAGGAGGCGCUUGCGUGGGUUGAGUACUGCAACGGCACGGGCGACACGUACUGGGCCAACCUGCGGCGCAAGAACACGGGCCGCGACGAGCCGCACAACGUCAAGUACUGGGGGCUUGGCAAUGAGAUGUGGGGACCGUGGCAGGUCGGCAACCUCACUGCCAAGGAGUACGCGCUCAAGGCCAAGCAGUGGGCGCACGGCAUCAAGCUCGUCGACAAGUCGGUGAUCCUCAUCUCGUCGGGCGAGACAGGCUGGACGGACUGGGACCGCGAGGUGCUGCAGCACGUCGUGCCCUACGUGGACAUGCACUCGCUGCACUUCUACUCGACGCUGUUCCACGAGAUCUACACGAAGCCGGGGAACGACUACGAGAAGAACGUGUUCGGGCCCGCCGGCCCCGAGAAGGGCAUCGAGAUCACGAAAGCCAUCAUCGACCAGGUCAACAUCGACAACACAUGGCGGGGGGUCGCGGGGCACGACGUCAAGAUUUGCUACGAUGAGUGGAACGUCUGGGACCAGACCAAGGCCGGCGUCGAUGACAACCUCGAGCAGAUCUACGACUACACCGACAUGCUGGGCCAGAUUGCGUGGCUCAACAUGCUCGUGCGCCAGUCCAGGGACAUCGGCAUCGCAUGCAUCGCCCAGAGCUGCAAUGUGAUCGCGCCGAUCUUGACGAAGAACAACGCAAUCCUCAAGCAGUGUACGUUCUACGUCCUGCAGCUUUUCUCGCAGCAGAUGCGCGAUGGUUACCUCCUCCAGACACCGUCUAUGCCGGACUACUACGAUGGCGAGACGUUCCCAAAGUUCAUCCAGCAUGUCAAGGCCAACCCCCGAUACAUUGACCUCGUGGCCAUGGUCAAGGAGGAUGGCGGGAAGAAGAGCGUCCGCGUGUCCGUCAUGAACCGCCACCCCACGCUCGACUGGGACGCCAGCGACAUCGAGUUCAACGGCAUCGACGUGGCCAAGGUCACCGUCCAUGAGAUGUACUCGGACGACCUGUCGGCAGCCAACACUUGGGACAAGCCCGACACCCUCGUUCCCCAGAUCACCGAGUACUCAGCCAAGGAGUGGGCCGAGCGCAAGCACACGGUGCGCAAGCACUCGUGGCAGUUCAUCAUCGUCGACAGUGCUUAGAGCAGACCCGUGUACAACUAUAGAUGUCUAAAAUAGAUGUAUCAUGUCU